UGGUACUUCGAAUUUGUAUAGCCAUGUUAUCAAUAUUCACAAAAUUAGCAUCUCAAGCAUUAUUGAUCCUGAAGAGUUAGCUGCUUUAUUUCCUCAGUCUGGUAAAUAUCUUCUUAGAGAAACAUUGGUUAAGUGGAUUGUAAAAGAUAGCCUUCCAUUUACUACCAUAGAAUCAGAAAGUUUUUAUAAACUAUUUAAAGUAAUUAGAAAGUUAGAAAGUAAUAUUACGAUUCCAUUUGCAAGAACAAUUAAAAGAGAUCUAUUAGAACAUUACUUG